AUGAGUUUUCUUUCAAUCAUAACGAAACUCACUAUCUUAUAUAUAUUGACUAAAAUCGUUGAUUCAUAUUCAUAUGCACCGGCUCUGCAUUCAUGUGCCAUUUCCGCAUGUCGAAUAAACAUAACAUUUAAUCAAGAAUUUAAUCAAUCGGCUUGUAUUAGACGAUCUGCUCAUGUAUGCAGCUUUACGUUGCUUACAAGUACACGGGCUAACACAAUCUCGCUUACAUUUCGACCUGGGAACUUGUCACCCAAUGAAGUUGUAAACGCUGACUAUCAAUAUUCUUACAAAAUAGUUAUUGACACAGAACAAGACGAUGUACAAUAUGAUAUUACCUAUUCCUGUUAUAAAGGUGAUAUUUGUGAUAUUGAAUAUCUGACACAGUUAUUUAGAGAACGACUUAAUAUUAAAUAUAAUGCUAUGUGGCGUUUGUUUGAUCCGUACUUUAUGAAUAGUGAAAUUGCCCAUAACUUGGAAUGUAGCGAUGCUGUUGAUGAUACUAACAUUACGACAACAACAACAUGUAACGGUGGUUUAUGUAAAGCACACAUGGAUUAUGUUCAGCCAUCUCAGUCAACAGCUACAUGUGUCCCGGAUAACGUUUAUCGUCAAGUGUUUUAUGUUCAAAAAUGGUAUGCUAACUGGACUGAAAAGAGUGUCCUAUACUAUUGCAAUCAAAACUACUGCAACGGACACCAGUCAUUUAAUGCAAUCAAAGAUAUUCUCAAUCGUUAUAAUUUUUCAAUCACUGAGAGUUGGACAGCUCCACCGCCUACUACCAUUAGAACACCGUCUUCUGCGUACACUUCAAUUUUUAUCAAAAAAGAAUGCUAUGGAGUUUGGGUUAUGGCGUUAUAUAUAAUGUAUGUGUGA